AUGUGCGAAGGGAUUGACAACCUGAAAUCCCUUUACGACCGUGCCGGGAAGACUUUCUCCGGAGUUCCUUCUGCGACACAGAAUGUGCCGCGUCGUACUGCUCAACCAGACCCAGUACGUCGAUCAUCAGUUGGGAGCGGGGCUCCCAAGAAUCCCAGGACGGGGGAUAGCCGCGCCACCGGACGAGAUAACUCGUCCGACGUCCUUUCACGUCGCGGUGGUUCAACAGCUGCUCAACUAGAUAGCGCUGACCACCGCGAGAGUCCUCUAAUGGAGGUGGAGGAGGAGGAAAGAUGCUCUCCACACGAUCAUGUGGAUCGGUGUGUUCCCGAGAGCUUCUUUGAUCGCGUAACGCAAGGGUUACGCGACGAUCUCGAACAUGAGCGGAAUAGGCGUCUCCAAAUGGCGGACACUGCCUCGAAGCAUCCAUCUGAGCUUGCCUUUGCUCAGCUCGAGAACGAGAGAUCUCUGAAAUCUCUUCGUGACGAGCUAAGGGUAGCUCGUGGGAUUGUUGAUCGGUCUCGGGAUGAGAUAACUGCUCCUCGGACCCUUGUUGAUGUCCACCAUCGGGAGCACAAGGCUCUCUGCGAGAUGCUUGAGCGCAAGGGCGUUCUUCAUCGGAAGAAGCAGCGUACUGAUGGUACGGCUUAA